AGAGAUGAAGAACAAAGAACCAAGUGCCAAUCAGGAGCCGAACCAAGGAGGUAACGUUUGGCGUAGGGACGCCCAACCUCAACAGCAAGUCCAGGAGAACCCGGAAGAAUUUCCCCAAGUAGGAGUCAUCUUUGGCGGUCCAGAAACAGGAGUCACAAGCAAGGAGAGGAAGGAAUGGGCUCGCAAGCUGUAUGUGGGGUCCAUUGACAUAGGCCAAGCGGCCAAGAAAGGAAGGAGGGAGCCCAUUGUCUUCUCGGACGAAGAUUUACCACUCAUUCUUAGUCCUCAUCGGACCCCCUGUGUCAAUGUGUUGUGCUGGGAAGCCGCCCAGCAAUUGGGAAUCAAGAAGGAAGAUCUCACAAAGCUUAACAUGCCCUUGUCGGGCUUCACUGGAGAUAUAAUUGAACCGGAAGGGUCCAUUAAAUUGGACAUCAUCAUAGGCGAGCAUCCUAAGGUGAGACAUAUGAGGAUGGAUUUUGUAGUGGUCGACAUCAAAUGCGCUCACAAUGCCAUCUUAGGGAAGCCUGGGCUAGAGGACUUGGGAGGUGCACUAUCCCUUGAACACCUGUGCCUCAAGUUUAGGACUCCCGAAGGUGUUGGGAGGGUGCUUGGUGAUCAGCCCGCGGCCAAGAAGGCCUAUCUAAGCGCCUGUAAGAAGAUAGACAAGGAGAACCUCAACAUCCAAACCAUCGGGCAUGUUUUGGAAGAUAAAGAAAAGAAGGAGGAAGACCGGGAGAGGCCCAAGCCAGCGGUGGAAAUGGAGGAAGUGGUGCUAUUCCCGGAAGGGGAUCAAGAAAAGACAGUGAUUGGAGAGAUAUGGGGCACCACGAUCCAAGGAGUGUGUGACCAAAAGACAGUCUAGUCGGCCAAUUAUUCAUCCAAGCCCCGUGGCCCGCAAAGAUGCGCUACAGAAAACAUCUGCAGUAAAUACAAAGUGAAUGA